UUCGGAUGAAAACGCCUGUUUUUAAGUUUGACAAACAGAAUCACAGUCAGCUUUUUCUAGGAUUUUUUUUUUGCCAAUUGGGAUUAUUUGUUUCUCUGCGUCUGGCAACCCAGCUCCAAACUUUCUCUUUAAGAAGGCGUCUACGCUGCAGUGUAGUGUGUUUAUUCCAAUCCUUAAAGUGGCACAUGGAAACCAUAGCUCAAGUCCUGAUUUCUGCUUGACUCAAAUCUAUAACCUAUAGCCUUUGCAUGUCCAGAGUGAGGAAAUGCAUUGGCGAAAGUGAUCCACGGCGCUUAUUUCUGUAGGUUGUCUGACUAUUUUUAUCUGUGGCCGUGGCACUUACAGUAUAUGCGGCAGCGUGAGCUCCACACCAGGGCGCACGGAGAAGACGCAAAGAGGAACGGAUCGGCGCAUUCAUACACACGGGGCUGCUGUCGGGACCAGAUCAGACAUGGAAUUCAGCCGUGAGAGGUGGAGCACAUAGGAGCCUGAGUGGAAUGGAGGCACCGCCGGGGACGAGCUGCUGUGAGCGCACCUUGGCCAAGUAACCAAGCCGAGAAACGGGCUGGGAUGGCAGCAUCCAGUAACUCAAGCCUCUCAGGUUCAUCUGUGUCAUCUGACCCUGAGGAUUACCAACCGCCCAUAUGGAAGUCCUACUUGUACCAGCUACAGCAGGAAGCUCCGAGACCAAAGAGGGUCACAUGUCCUCAGGAGAUGGAAAGCAGACCCAAAUACUAUGGCAGAGAAUUUCAUGGGAUGAUCUCUCGAGAAUAUGCAGAUGAGCUGCUGGGGGGAGCAGAGGGUGCUUACCUCAUCAGGGAGAGUCAAAGACAGCCAGGGACACACACCUUGGCCUUAAGGUUUGGCCACCAGACACUCAACUACAGAUUGUUCUAUGAUGGAAAGCACUUUGUUGGAGAGAAGAGGUUUGAGUCAGUUCACGACCUCGUCACAGACGCCCUCAUCACUCUUUACAUAGAGACAAAGGCCGCAGAGUAUAUUGCCAAAAUGACCACGAACCCUAUCUACGAGCAUCUCGGUUAUACCUCACUGCUCAAGGACAAAAUGGUGCACAGGUUGAGCCGGGGCCGCACUGAACCACGCAGGGUCACCUUCCAGAGAGAUGAACGGAUCUCAUCACCUCUUGUGCGGCGCAGUGCAUUGAAAGACACUCCCGAGAAGCAGUGCUCCUAUGAGAAGAUACAUAAUUUCAAGGUGCAUACCUUUCGAGGGCCACACUGGUGUGAAUAUUGUGCCAACUUUAUGUGGGGUCUCAUUGCCCAGGGUGUCCGCUGCUCAGACUGUGGGCUGAAUGUACACAAACAGUGCUCCAAACUGGUACCCAGCGACUGCCAGCCGGACCUGCGCAGGAUAAAGAAAGUGUUUAGCUGUGAUCUGACCACGCUCGUCAAAGCUCACAACACGACUCGGCCCAUGGUGGUUGACAUGUGUAUUCGGGAAAUAGAGCUGAGAGGCAUGAAAUCUGAAGGUCUGUACCGAGUGUCUGGUUUUUCAGAGCACAUAGAGGAUGUGAGACUCGCCUUCGACCGAGAUGGUGACAAGGCUGACAUCAGUGCCAGUGCCUAUGCAGACAUCAACAUCAUCGCGGGUGCUUUAAAGCUCUACUUGAGAGACCUUCCCAUUCCAGUCAUUACAUUUGACUUGUACUCUAAAUUUAUUCAAGCUGCAAAAAUUCCGAAUGCUGAGUCCAGACUGGAGGCCAUUCAUGAAAGUCUGCUGCAGCUCCCUCCAGCCCACUAUGAGACCCUGCGAUACCUGAUGGCACAUCUCAAGAGGGUGACACUGUUUGAAAAGGACAAUUUAAUGAAUUCAGAGAAUCUGGGGAUUGUCUUUGGUCCGACACUCAUGCAGCCGCCGGAGCAGAACGCUUUGACAACCCUGAAUGACAUGAGGCAGCAAAAACUAGUGGUGCAACUGAUGAUCGAGCAUGAAGACGUCUUAUUCUAAGGACUGAGGCGUGCAGGCCUUGUACCAGAAACGAAGGACAAUUAUUUAUUCUCUCAAAAAGGAAAUUCAAGCCACCUUGAUUCCAGUGAAGUUUCAAAAUAGUUUGCAAUCAAAUUGAACUUGAAAUGCUUCUUUCUCGCAUGACUGUUUUAGUUGGAGUUGGUUUAGUGUCGGCAUUGUCUUGUUACUGUAUGUUUUGGGUUUUCAUGCUCAGCCAAGACCAUCAUUUUUCUACUAGGAAAGGAUUCAGUAUUUUUAACUACCUACAGUGCUGUUCCUUACCUUUAAUUUGAAGACUGUCACUACCUGGUGUAGACUCAGUCAUGAUGACAGACGCUGUGUGAAACUGGCUUCAGGCAGGUCGUCAAUCAUUGAAAGCCUGGUAAAGCCCCACAGCAGCAGCCAACAUAAUGUUCCCAAAUGAUGUGUGCAUAUUGUUCACUGGUAAAAAUGUAAAUGAAACCAAGCGAUCUUUACAUAUAAAUAGAGUCAGAUCAUCGAAUGGUCAAUAUUUUAACUUGUGUGUACUAAAAUUGAGACAAUUGGUCGCUCAUGAAGCACUUUUUUGCAACAAGUGUAAAGAUUUAUUUUGUAAAGAUGUUUAUUUUUGUCUUUUACUCUGCAUCAUUUUAUUUUGUCACAAUAAUAUAUAAAGUUGAGAUUGUCUGUUAAAUCUGUGUCUGGAUGCAAAACUGAGAAGAGUCAUAAGAGCUACAGUUUGUUGAUGUGCCGUUUUUAUUUUCACUGUAGUCGAUGUUAUAGUGAGGAUUACACAAGUGGAUUAAAUACUGGUUAUUUGAAUUCACAUCAUGUUGCAGCCUGUGCAUCGCAUGAGUAAACCUCUUGUGUACACAUGCUGGUUAUCAGUUUUGCAGCAUUUCUGUUUACAUACAGGUUUAGGUUCUACUGGGAAAAAAAAAAAAAAAAAAAGAUCUGGCCCCUUUUUUUCAAAUAUUUUUUCA